AUGGGUGGUAUAUUAAAGAACCCUUUACCAAAGGAACAAUUAAACAAAGACGAUCCUUCAAUAACUGAAUUCAGGAAACAAGUCCUGAAAAAUACCCAACUAAAUGCCCGUCUAGCCAAAGAUUCUCAAGCAUAUAAACAACAGCAACAAAAGGCAGAAGCAGUACUACUUCAGCAACAACAACAUAUCAGUCAAUUCACACCAAAAGAUACUAUCUCUUUGAAACACGAACAGGAUGAAAGAUUACAAUGGAACCAGAAAAAUUUGAAUGAGAAUGAAAUUACGAAACAACAAUUCCAAGAUAUUCAUAUCGAUGAACCAAAGACUCCCUAUCAAGGUGCUGUGGACCCCGCGGGGGAAUAUUAUAGAGUUGAUGAAGAUGAUUUGGCUGAUGAUAAGGCAUUUAAUGGAAAUGGGAUAACAAAUAUAAACCCUGGUGAUGAUGAUGAUUUUAAUGAUUUCUCGUUGGGUGAACCGGAAUUUAAAAUCGAUCAAACGGGGGGUCAAUUUGAUGGAGAUGAUAGAAUUGAAGAAGAACAUGUCUCAAUGAAACAAGAUGAUGAUGGGAAUCAAAAUGAUGAAAAUGUGAACGAUGAUGACGACGAAGCUGCAGAAAAGGAAGCUAAACAUAGACGAUUCGAAGAAAUGAGGAAAAAACAUUAUAAUUUGAAAGAAGUGUUUAAGAGUGGAAAACUGCAUGAACAUGAUAAUGCUUUUAACGACAAUGAUGAUGAUGAUGAUGAUGGUGAAGAACUCGAUGACCAAGAGUAA